AUAGCAGAGAAAGUGAUCAGUUCUUUACAAAUCGAUAAGACUUUUUCGUUCAACAGUCGGAAAGUUCCACCAGCUACAAUUAAGUCGAAUUUUAAUAGCUGUGAAUAUAUCUUUACCUGGUUUUCUUAGAAUAUUUCGUCACCAAAAGGAAAUUAUAUAUGAUGGAAAGUCCAGAAUAACAAGUACGGGUGCCAUUCCAGUUUUUCAAUCUUAACUUUGAUAUGAUGGAUGAAUCAGAAACGAGCAGAGACAGAAAGAAAAUAAGAUGUAAAACAGGUUUCCGAAAACAGUUUCGACAUUUUUAAUCUUUAAGCAGAUGCUAUCGGAGAAGACAUUUGCAUUCCUGUGCCGAUAAGAGAGAGAAUAUUUAGUGUUCAGACAACAAACACUUUAACACAAAAAAGAGUAUUGACAGAGAGCGGUGAGCACGCGAAAUUUUUAUAUUUUUGCGUCCUAUUGGCAUGCUGGCAGAUUCUUUACACUGAUUUACAUCCUUAAUUCCUAACAACGACAGUCAAAGAAAGGAAGCCUAUUCCACCAUAUCUGUUUUUUCUCCCUCGAUGUGUUGCCCUCCUGCUGAAGAUAAAUGUAUUCCUGAAUAUGUCAUUAUAUCGAACACGUUAAAGAUCUUGACUUGAUGAGUGUUUGAAUUUUGUCACACGUCGUGACGACCAUCUGAUAUUUCAAAAAAAGAAUAAUCUUCUCAGCCAGUAUGCUUUGCCGCUAUCAACAGAUGAGCCAAGAUGUCCCUAUCUUCAAAGUGUUAACGUGUUCGUUUUGCUACGUGUACAUGUUCAAAUCGGAUACACAGCUUAACCUAACGUUCACGGCCUCGGGCCCUGUGUUUAAAGCUGGUCCAGCAGCGGCCCAUUAUAAAUAUUCGUACCCUCCGGGAUCCAUCUACCGUGCCGAUCUGGAUAAUAGUUCUAUGGUUAAACAAAUAUGUGAACCUCUGAGUAAACAAGAGUGUGAAAAGUGGACAACCUGUUGUCAGGCAGCGACGCAAUGUUGUCAACGACAACUAAAUCAACCUCCCCUGCCGAAAAAUUGGUCACAUUGUCCUCGGACAUGGGACGGGUAUGGAUGUUUUGACGACACGGCAGCCGGUAGUACUGCCUAUGUUAAGUGUCCCUCCUAUCUUGAUCAUGCCAGUGAACAUGAAAAUGCCUAUAAGGUGUGUUGGCCGAACGGCACGUGGUUUGUGCACCCCCUGUCCGGGCGACAGUGGACAAAUUACAGUACCUGUGUCCACAGUAAGGUCAAGGGUCAGAUGAUACUGAUCUACUUAGGACUGGGCUGUAAUCUUCUCAGUCUAUCCCUCCUUAUUCCAUCCUGUAUCAUAUUCCUGGCAUUCAGACAACUUCGAGAUCAGCAGAGAGUUCGUCUUCACAUUUGUUUCUUCUCUUCCUUUAUCGCCACUUCAAUCAUCGCCGUAUUGUGGGACUUCAUUGUAGUCUCGGAUAGAAUGAACAAUGCUGGAGGCACGAGCAUUAUUGAACAAAAUAUGGGAGGAUGCAAGUUUUUUUACGUUUUAAAACGGUAUACCCAGUCUGCUAAUUACUUUUGGAUGUUUUGUGAAGGGUUCCACUUGCAUCGUCUGAUUGUACGUGCAUUCGAAAUCCCUAAAUCUCUCGUCAUGUACUACGUCAUCGGCAUAGGUGCUCCAUGGUUUCCCGUUGUCGUAUAUUCCAUUAUCAAGGCCAGCAUAUCGGAGUAUGACAACAAUUGCUGGAUAAAUAACAUCAAUGGUUUUGAAUGGUUGAUCUACACGCCAAAUUUACUUUGCUUAUUUGCCAAUGUUUUCUUCCUUGGGAAUAUUCUCUAUAUUCUCUUGACUCAACUACAGUCUCACCCCAACGAACCCAGUGGAUACAGGCGAGCUAUUAAGGCCACCUUUGUUCUGAUUCCGUUGUUUGGUAUACAGUGGGCGGUUGUCAUUUACAGACCAGCUAACGCCAUGUGGUACGAGAUCCUAAGACUCGUCAUACAGGAUACUCAGGGUGCUUUUGUGUCCUUGAUAUUCUGCAUCUUCAACGGAGAGGUACACGGUCACCUGAAAAAUUGCUUCAGUCGGAUAUCCGGCAGACCACAAUAUCGACCUCGUCGUGAAUUUAGCACGACUUCCGGUACUGUUUAUACGCAGGUGCGAACCUCGACAGCCACGGAUUUUAAACGUGAUUCUUACCGAGAUUCCUUUAAUCGCGAUUCGUUACACAGGGAGGAUCUAACCUCUAAUGGUAGACAGGAAACACUCCCCCUGAACUUCAGUGAGGAAUCCUUCUGUGGUGAAAAGACAGAAAAUGGACACCUAGUGGAGUCAGAAGUUAAAUGAUGAAAAUUGUGAAGGCAAAAAAGGAGACAAUCAGUAUUUUUUAUUCAUGCAUUUGACGGAA